GAUAUGCGUUAUUAUGUGUUCAUAACCUGUAAGAUGUUAACUUAUUUCAACCUACUAUUUGAUCCUUUGGGAGCAUUUACUUUCCCCAAAAAAUCCAGCCCUCAUUGAGCGCUUUCAAGUGACGGGCACCCUUUUUUUAGGAAUCAAACUUCGAGCACACGUAUAAGUUUUACAACGGCUUGGUUAAAAAAGCUCCGCUUGGAUUGUUGAUUUCUUUUUUUACCUAUUUGAAUUGCUAUCAAAUUAGAUGUGAAAUGAUUCUUGUUAAAAUAGCCAUGUUCUAAACAUUCAACAUUACCUUUCUUUUUCUGUAUGAAAGCGCUAAGUUAGCUUCAGACGGCAUUACAAAUAUGUUUUGACACCCUGGUAUUGAUACUUUCCUAAUAACUUAUCAAUUCAGGGCCGUGUCAAAAAAUCUAAUGGCUGGUGGCUUACUAAAACUUUACCUGUUCCUCGUGAUAUACUGUUUUAUUUGUUUCGCUGGUCCGGAAAAGCAGGUAAGCGAUGUUCUUUUUGAAGACUACAUCAACACAGAGAGGCCAGUGAAAAACAAGUCACAGGUUGUGACGGUCAACGUCAGAUUGUCACUCAACCAAAUCAUGGAUCUGAAUAUCAUCCAGCAAGCGCUCACAGCUAUCUACUCGUGCGAGCUGAGCUGGACUGAUGAAUUCCUACGCUGGAAUCCAGCCGAGUUUGGAAACGUGACAAGAAUCCGGGCGGACAAGUCAAAGAUAUGGCUGCCAGACAUCAAUGUUUUCCAAAGGAUCAACUGGGUGGACGUGAAGAGUCUGGAGCAGGUGCUGACCAACCCUAAACUGAGAAGUGACGGCAGAGUCACAAUGCAGCAGCCCCUCUACCUCAAGUCCGCUUGUUCAGUCAAUGUCAAGUACUUCCCCUUUGACUCCCAUGUGUGCAAAAUAAGUGUGGGCUCCUGGUCCUACCCGCCCACAGAGGUCGAUGUGCGUCCUGGAUUUUACGCCAACGGCAUCUUCAACUACAUGAAUAAUAUGGAGUGGGAUCUGCAGAAGUACACAGUGAGAUAUAACAUGGCACAAGAGCCGAUGGGCAAUUACACCGAACUAAUAUUCAGUCUUCAACUGAACCGACGGCCCUCGUUCAUGCUACUCAACACUGUACUACCCACCUCAUUUACCAGAUGGUUUCCGAAACAGCAUUAUUGAUGAUUCAAUUCGGACAGUCAGCAAGGAGCAGUUUGGACAGGCGGAACUUCGAAAAGCCGACAGUAGUAGCAACAACAGUCUUGAGGCUGCUCUCACUCGAUUGGCUGACUCAAUUAACCAAUCAAACUCGCCUGUCGUUCUCACAGAUUGGAUGCGAUUGGCUCAGAUUGUUGACAAGGCAAUGGCAAUAGCCUACAUUUUGAUCUAUUUGAUAACGCUGGUUUAUCUCGCUAUUGCCUUGUCAUAUAGGCACGUAGAAUGA